AUAACUCAUGUGAGUGGAGCCAUGUGGGAUUAAGAAGUGAUAGGAGAGCUUGCUGUCAGUCUCUGCUCUCCACUGUGUGAGGAUACAACAGGAAGACAGCCAUCUGGUGAGGAAGAGAGGGCCCUCGCCAGAUACCGGACCUGCUGACACCUUGAUCUUGGACUUCCCAUCUUCCAGGACUGCCUGACCUCAGUUGUUCCAGGGUAAAGAAUUUGGGCAGUGCCCACACCCACGCUGUUGGAUAACAUUUCUUCACCAUACCAGUGAGGGUGAAUGUGUACACGCCCAGCUUCCUGCCUGUUACUCUCCACAGUAUGCGAAGAAUAUCCCUGACUUCUAGCCCUGUGCGCCUUCUUUUGCUUCUACUGUUGCUACUAAUAGCCUUGGAGAUCAUGGUUGGUGGUCACUCUCUUUGCUUCAACUUCACUAUAAAAUUAUUGUCCAGACCUGGACAGCCCUGGUGUGAAGCGCAGGUCUUCUUGAAUAAAAAUCUUUUCCUUCAGUACAACAGUGACAACAACAUGGUCAAACCUCUGGGCCUCCUGGGGAAGAAGGUAAAUGCCACCAGCACUUGGGGAGAAUUGACCCAAACGCUGGGAGAAGUGGGGCGAGACCUCAGGAUGCUCCUUCUUGACAUCAAACCCCAGAUAAAGACCAGUGGUAAUCCUUCCACUCUGCAAGUCGAGAUGUUUUGUCAACGUGAAGCAGAACAAUGCACUGGUGCAUCCUGGCAGUUCGCCAUCAAUGGAGAGAAAUCCCUCCUCUUUGACGCAAUGAACAUGACCUGGACAGUAAUUAAUCAUGAAGCCAGUAAGAUCAAGGAGACAUGGAAGAAAGACAGAGGGCUGGAAAAGUAUUUCAGGAAGCUCUCAAAGGGAGACUGCGAUCACUGGCUCAGGGAAUUCUUAGGGCACUGGGAGGCAAUGCCAGAACCGACAGUGUCACCAGUAAAUGCUUCAGAUAUCCACUGGUCUUCUUCUAGUGUACCAGAUAGAUGGACCAUCCUGGGGGCAUUCAUCCUGUUAGUUUUAAUGGGAAUUGUUCUCAUCUGUGUCUGGUGGCAAAAUGGUGAGUGGCAGGCUGGUCUCUGGCCCUUGAGGACGUCUUAGUCUGGUAAGGACUCAAGAGAGGUGAAUCAUGGGUCUCAUCCAAGCCCCCGCUCCCUGAUCCAUCUCUCUCCACAGAAAUGGUGCACUGCCUUAGUCUUGA